AUGUGGCCUAGUACUUGUGGAGGAGUCUCCUUGGAGAGCAAGUAUGCAACCUGGUCACUAAGGAGGCCCGUCGGCGAGCCGUCGAAAUUGUCUGGCUACCGGGCGAUUGAUCAUCGCCCGGGCCCGGUCGAUGAAGAAUCGGAUGGACCGUCGAUGCUGAAUCUUCUGCAGCCGUAUUGCCCUUGUGGAUUGCUUAGUGGUGGUGGGGCCUGGGGGGUCAAGGCAGUGCAGCAUCCACCCUCCAGGCCGAUGUCACUUGGACACAAGGCGAUGACAAUUUGUCUUCAGUGUUGCUGGCCGUUCCCCCGAGGGCAAGAUAAUCUUGCUCUCGGAAGAAGUUUUUCAUUGAAUUAUUAA